GGCUGCAGGUUGUUUAGUGGGCGGAUGAUGGACAGCCUCAUAGGCCAACGGGUGGCCUCGAGAGUCAAUGGUAUUGUCCAAUGGUGCAGUGGCAGGGCGGGGCGGCGGCGCGGGUUUAAUGAGACUCCAUUGGGCUGUAAUCAGUGUCAUGUCGGAUUCAUGUCAACGACAACAACAGGGGGACACAAAAUGGCGGCGGCUUAGCUCCUACCCCUGGCGGCGUCGGCAGCGGUGGCGGCGGCAUUGGCACUUCCCCCAGGCAGCAGCCGCGGCUUCUUCCUCAGGCAGGGGCAGCGCCCCCGGCAGGCGUGGAGGUGGCGGCGGCAGCAGGCGGCCAGAUUUGUCUGAAGAACUGGACAGUCUUCUGUUUUGCCACAAGCUAUUAUACUUUGAGUUUCACUACACCUGGUUUUGCUUUCCUGAUUAAAGAUGUUCCUAAUUUGAAUCCAGUGUUUCCAUUUGGUAAAAAAAAAAGAAGAAAAAGAAAAAUCUUAACAUUGUCUGUUUAUGACCUUUUGGAUCACUGAGGUAGCAUGUUUGGAAGAUGUUACUUCACAGUGCUUGGAAUCCUCUCAAUCUUUUGGAGGUAAAUGACGCCUACAUUUGCAAGUAUUGUUAAAAAUCUAAGAACCUCUAUGGGUAACUCUUGGCUGGAAGAAAACAUUUGUCAACCAUGGUAAAACUUGCAAACCCACUUUACACAGAGUGGAUUCUUGAAGCGAUACAGAAAGUGAAAAAACAAAAGCAACGACCAUCUGAAGAAAGAAUCUGCCAUGCGGUGUCUGCUUCCCAUGGACUAGACAAGAAGACUGUUUCUGAACAGCUAGAACUAAGUGUCCAGGAUGGAUCUGUUCUCAAAGUUACCAACAAAGGCCUUGCAUCCUAUAAGGACCCAGACAAUCCUGGACGUUUUUCAUCCGUUAAACCAGGCACUUUUCCUAAAUCUGCCAAGGGGUCUAGAGGAUCAUGCAAUGAUCUUCGAAAUGUGGACUGGAAUAAACUCUUAAGAAGAGCAAUUGAAGGGCUUCAAGAACCAAAUGGCUCCUCCCUAAAGAACAUAGAAAAAUAUCUUAGAAGUCAAAGUGAUUUAACAAGCACCACCAACAAUGCUGCCUUUCAGCAGCGAUUACGAUUGGGGGCCAAACGUGCUGUAAAUAAUGGGAGGUUAUUGAAAGAUGGACCUCAAUAUAGGGUAAAUUAUGGUAGUUUAGAAGGGAGUGGAGCUCCAAAAUAUUCCAACACUUUUCCAUCUUCCCUCCCACCUGUCAGCCUUCUACCCCAUGAAAAAGACCAGCCUCGAGCUGAUCCCAUUCCAAUAUGUAGCUUCUGUUUGGGGACAAAAGAAUCAAAUAGAGAGAAAAAACCAGAAGAACUCCUAUCUUGUGCAGACUGUGGCAGUAGUGGACACCCAUCAUGUUUGAAAUUCUGUCCAGAAUUAACAACAAAUGUAAAGGCCUUAAGAUGGCAGUGUAUUGAAUGCAAGACAUGUAGUGCAUGUAGAAUCCAAGGCAAAAAUGCAGAUAAUAUGCUUUUUUGUGAUUCUUGCGAUAGAGGGUUCCACAUGGAGUGCUGUGACCCACCACUUUCCAGAAUGCCAAAAGGGAUGUGGAUUUGCCAAGUCUGCAGACCAAAGAAAAAGGGAAGAAAACUACUUCAUGAGAAAGCUGCACAAAUUAAACGACGAUAUGCAAAACCUAUUGGACGACCGAAAAAUAAACUAAAACAACGAAUGUUGUCUGUAACCAGCGAUGAAGGAUCCACGAAUGCAUUCACAGGAAGGGGGUCACCUGGUAGGGGUCAAAAGACUAAAGUCUGUACCACACCUUCAUCUGGUCAUGCUGCAUCUGUGAAGGACGCAAGCAGCAGAUUGGCUGUUACAGACCCCACUCGGCCUGGUGCCACCACCAAAAUCACCACCACCUCCACCUCCAUAUCUGCCUCUACACUUAAAGUUAACAAGAAAACCAAAGGGCUCAUUGAUGGCCUUACUAAGUUUUUUACACCAUCACCCGAUGGUCGCAGAUCACGAGGUGAAAUUAUAGACUUUUCAAAGCACUAUCGUCCAAGGAAAAAGGUCUCCCAGAAACAGUCAUGCACUUCUCAUGUGUUGGCUACAGGUACCACACAAAAGCUAAAACCUCCACCUUCUUCACUUCCACCCCUAACCCCCAUCUCUGGUCAGAGCCCGAGUUCACAAAAAUCAAGUGCUUCCACUUCCAAUUCUCCCCAGAGUUCUUCUAGUCAAUCAAGUGUGCCCUCCUUUAGCAGCCUUACUAAUAACAAUCAGCUGAAGGGACUUUUUGAUGGACUUUCUCAUAUUUAUACUGCUCAGGGACAGUCUCGAAUAAAGGAACACCCAAAUUAUGCACCUCCCAAACGUUUGCGUCGUAAAUCUGAAUUCUCUUCCACAACAAAAUCUAAUGCCCAUUUCUUUGAAAAAAAAGAUAAUAGAAGUAGAUUUAUUUCACACUGCUCCAUGCCCUCUGGCUGGGGACUAUCUAGAGGACACGUUUUUAAAGCAAUUGCUCACUUCAAGCGAACAGCCUUCCUUAAAAAGCACAGGAUGAUAGGCAAGUUAAAGUGUAAAGUGACCCCUCAGAUGGGGACCCCCUCACCAGGGAAGGGGAGCUUGGCAGACGGAAGGAUUAAACCUGAUCAGGAUGAUGAUACUGAAAUCAAAAUAAGCAUCAAACAAGAAGGUACAGAUGUAAAUGUGAUUGGAAGCAAGGAUACUGUUACGGAAGAAGAUUUGGAUGUUUUUAAACAGGCCCAGGAACUUUCCUUGGAGAAAAUAGGAUGUAAAAAUGGUGUAGAAUCCAAUGGACGAUAUCCUUCAGUAAUAGAAUUUGGAAAGUAUGAAAUCCAAACAUGGUACUCUUCGCCUUAUCCACAGGAAUAUGCAAGAUUACCAAAGCUUUACUUGUGUGAAUUCUGUCUUAAAUACAUGAAAAGCAAAAACAUUUUGUUAAGACACUCGAAGAAAUGUGGAUGGUUUCAUCCUCCAGCAAAUGAAAUCUACAGAAGGAAAGAUCUGUCAGUAUUUGAGGUUGAUGGGAAUGUGAGCAAAAUUUAUUGCCAAAACCUUUGCUUGUUAGCCAAGCUCUUCUUGGACCACAAAACCUUGUAUUAUGAUGUCGAACCGUUCCUUUUUUAUGUUCUGACAAAAAAUGAUGAAAAGGGCUGUCAUCUCGUUGGAUACUUCUCUAAGGAAAAGCUUUGCCAGCAGAAGUACAAUGUCUCCUGCAUAAUGAUCAUGCCCCAGUACCAAAGGCAAGGAUUUGGAAGGUUUCUCAUUGAUUUCAGCUAUUUGCUUUCUAGAAGAGAGGGACAAGCAGGGUCUCCUGAAAAGCCAUUGUCUGAUUUGGGUCGUCUGUCCUAUCUGGCCUACUGGAAAAGUGUUAUUUUAGAAUACCUUUAUUACCACCAUGAAAAACACAUCAGCAUCAAAGGAAUAAGCCGUGCUACUGGCAUGUGUCCUCAUGAUAUUGCCACCACCCUGCAGCAUCUCAGCAUGAUUGACAAGAGGGAAGAAAAAUUUGUGAUCAUUAGGAGAGAAAAACUGAUAUUAGGCCACAUGGAAAAACUGAAAACCAAUGCACGUGUGAAUGAACUUGACCCAGAAAGUCUACGGUGGACCCCAUUAUUAGUUUCUAAUGCUGCAGUUUCUGAAGAGGAAAGAGAAGCUGAAAAAGAGGCUGAACGUCUGAUGGAGCAGGCGAGCUGCUGGGAAAAAGAAGACCAAGAAAUGUUAUCAACUAGAGCUAAUAGUAGGCAAUCACCCGCAAAAGUACAAUCAAAAAAUAAAUAUUUGCGAUCUCCGGAGAGUGCGCCCACGGCAGGAGACCGAGGGCAGUCCACAGAACCAGCUAAAGAUAGCAGUGAAGAAGACGAGGAGGAGGAGGAAGAGGAAGAACAUCACCGAAGUUCUCCUCCUCGCCUGACAAAACCACAGUCACUUGCUCUGAAGAGAAAGAGACCUUUUAUACUGAAGAAGAAAAGGGGCCGUAAGCGUAGAAGGAUCAAUAGCAGUGUCACAACAGAGACAAUUUCUGAAACUACAGAAGUGUUGAAUGAGCCAUUUGAUAACUCUGAUGACGAGCGGCCAAUGCCACAGCUGGAGCCUACCUGUGAAAUCGAGGGAGAAGAAGAUGACUUGAAGCCUGCCAUUAGAAAAGUAUUCCAGUUUCAAUCUGGGAAAAAAAGACAAACUGAGGAAGAAGAGAAAGACAAUCAUUGCUUUAAUAAUGAUGACCCUUGUAGGAACAACACAGAUAAUGCAAAUAAUUUAAAAGAAGACAGUGUAGACAAUCCAGAAUCUCUAAAGUGCAAACAAGGAUGGCCAAAAGGAAUGAAGCGUGGCCCAUCUAAAUGGAAGCAAAACAAAGACAGGAAGACUGGUUUUAAACUGAACUUGUACACUCCACCUGAGACUCCAAUGGAACCUGACUACCAAGUAACAGGAGAAGAGCAGAAGGAACCCACUGAAGACAAGACAAGCCACCCUCCUCUUGUGGCAGAGGAAGAGGUAAAAGAAGCAGACCAGCCUGUGCAGUCCCAAAAUGAGAAUGGAGGAGAGACAUCUGUACCUUCCAGCCCAGAUAAAUUACCCUUUGGAAAUAAAUCAGAGAAUAAUAUGAGGAAACCUGAGGAGGAGGAGGAGGAGGAGGAGGAAGAAGAAGAAGAAGAAGAUGAUGAUGAUGAUGAUGAUGAAGAUGAGGAAAGAAGUUUAGAAAGGGUCUCAGACGGUGCUCAAAGUCAGGAAAGAGACCACCUGGAAACCUAUGUGGAACAAGAGGAUACAGAGCGCUUGGAGGACCAUGAAGAGGAGGAAGAAGAAGAGGAAGAGGAGCCCUCCCGUAAUGAAGACCAUGAUGCAGAUGAUGAAGAUGAUAGUCACAUGGAGGUCACAGAAGCAGAAAAAGAGGAGCUCUCAGGAGAAGCCUUCAAGGAAGUUCUGGAGAACCAGGAGACUUUUUUAGACCUGAGUGUCCAAACUGGUCCUUCAAACCAGGAAAACUUAAUGGACUGUGGCAUGGAGCUGGCAGCUUCAUGUAGCAGUGAAGGUAAAGAGCUUCCUGCAGACACAGAGGGUGUGCCCGAGGCUGCUGAGGGACAGGCGGAGAGUCAGGACCCAAAGAAGAGUGAAGACCUGAGUUCUGAAUUCAAAGAAGAAACUCCAGAAACCAUGGAGAUCGACUCAGAGACCGUCCAGGCAGUUCAGUCUUUGACCCAGGAAAACCCGGGACAGGAUGAGGCCUUUCAGGAGUGUGCUGAAACUCAAGAGGCCUGUAGGAGCCUACAGAGCUAUUCACAAGCAGACCAAAGCCCACAGAUCGCCAGUCUGGACGAUUGCCAGCAGUCCAACCACAGCAGCCCCGUUUCCUCCGUCCAUUCCCAUCCUAGUCAGUCAGUUCGUUCUGUUAAUAGUCCCAGUGUUCCUGCAUUGGAAAACAGCUAUGCUCAAAUCAGCCCUGAUCAAAGUGCCAUCUCGGUGCCAUCUUUGCAGAAUAUGGAAACGAGCCCAAUGAUGGACGUUCCCUCGGUUUCCGAUCAUUCCCAGCAAGUCGUGGACAGCGGAUUCAGUGACCUGGGGAGUAUCGAGAGCACCACUGAGAAUUACGAGAACCCGAGCAGCUAUGACUCUUCCAUGGGCAGCAGUAUCUGUGCGAAUAACUCUUCCCAAAACAGCUGUUCCUACAGCAGCCUCACGUCCAGUAACCUGACCCAGAGUAGUUGCGCCGUCACGCAGCAGAUGUCCUCCAUGAACGGGAGCUGCAGCUUGCUGCAGCAGAGGAGCCUCAGCUCUCCGCCCACGUGUAACGUCAAGUCUCCCCAAGGCUGUGUGGGGGAGAGGCCCCCUAGCGGCAGCCAGCAGCUCUCCCAGUGCAGCCUGGCCGCCAACUUUACUCCCCCAAUGCAGCUGGCGGAAAUCCCCGAGACCGGCAGCGCCAACCUCGGCUUGUACGAACGCAUGGGUCAGAGUGAAUUUGGGGCCGGGCACUACCCUCAGCCAUCAGCUACCUUCAGCCUUGCCAAACUGCAGCAGUUAACAAAUACUCUUAUUGAUCAUUCAUUGCCUUACAGCCAUUCCGCUGCUGUAACUUCCUAUGCAAACAGUGCCUCUUUGUCCACACCUUUAAGCAACACGGGGCUGGUUCAGCUUUCUCAGUCUCCGCAUUCUGUCCCCGGGGGGCCCCAAGCACAAGCGACCAUGACCCCGCCCCCCAACCUGACUCCUCCACCCAUGAAUCUGCCGCCUCCUCUCUUGCAACGGAACAUGGCCGCCUCUAAUCUCGGCAUCUCUCACACCCAAAGACUGCAAACCCAGAUCGCCAGCAAGGGCCACGUGGCCAUGAGAACCAAAUCGGCCUCUCUCCCAGCAGCCGCGGCAGCGGCGGCGGCACACCAAUCCCAGCUCUACGGGAGGGCCUCCCAGACGGUAGCCAUGCAGGGCCCCGCCAGGACUCUGACCAUGCAGCGUGGAAUGAAUAUGAGCGUGAAUCUGAUGCCUGCCCCCGCCUACAACGUCAAUUCGGUCAACAUGAACAUGAACACCCUCAACGCCAUGAACGGCUACGGCAUGUCCCAGCCCAUGAUGAACAGCGGCUACCAUGGCAACCACAGCUACAUGAACCAGACCGCCCAGUACCCCAUGCAGAUGCAGAUGGGCAUGAUGGGAAGCCAGCCAUACGCACAGCAGCCGAUGCAGACAGCGCCCCACACGAACAUGAUGUACACCGCGCCGGGACAUCACGGCUACAUGAACAGCGGCAUGUCAAAGCAGCCCCUUAACGGCUCCUACAUGAGAAGGUAGGCCCGCCCGGGGCAGCACUAUCGGAUUGAUCUGCACAAAUGUCUUUGGAAAGUACGAUUUCAAAACCAGCAAUUGGUGUGAAUGCAAAAACAUUUGUUGGCACCAUUUAUUUAAAAAAAAAAAAAAAAAAAAAAAAAAAAAAAGCUGUAUGCAGCAGAAAGCCUUAUACACGCUGUUCUCCUUGGUUUCCUUUUCCUUUUGGUGGUUCCUCUGUUUCUGUUUGUUUUAUAUGACGUUCUCUGCAAAAGAAGGCCUCUCUCUUUGGACUGCAGUUCUAUGGCAGCCACUUGACGUGCCUGCUCCCAUAUAAAUGAAUAAUGUGGAUGUUCAACCCCAAAUUCUCUGUUAUAAUGCUGAACCUUUAGCUUUUUUUCCCCUUCUCCCCUUCCGCUCCAUGUAAAUGCCUUUAGCAUUUCAGUUAUUGUAUAUUUUGUUGAAGGUGACACCUCCGCAUGCCGCUAAGGUCUUUGUUAGUGACAGUGCAUUUCGUAGUACUGUACAAGUGUUGUGCUAACAGUAAGCCAUUUCUUAAGUUUUUUGCCUUGAUUAGGGUGCCCUAAUUUGAGGGUUUAAAAAAACUCUAUUUUUGUUAAUUAUAAAACUGUAAAAAGCUCUAAAAGCAGUUCACAUUUUGUUAGUUGAAAGGGUUUUAUUGCUAAAUGUUUGGUGUAAAGUUAAGACCCUUUCCCAUUUUGGUGACAGAUUUCUUUGGGGAAAAAAAGGCAGCUUUCUGUUUUAUAAAUGCAGACUUCUGUUUAUGGAAUGAAGCAUAUCUCAGUGUUUAUCUGUCAAGUUUUGAAACAUUUCAUAUAUGUCCAAAUACUUGGCAGGAUUUUAAAAAAAAAAGUGAAUUUGGUGUAAAGUUGCUAUUUUAUGGAAAUGCCUCUAACUUUACAUUUUCAUUCCAUCUGUAGAUUUUUCUAUCUUUAUAAAAUAUUGGAGUUAUUUUUUAAGGAAAAAUAGAGCAGUAGCUUGUGAAUAGCCCAAACUAAGCUUACAAAUCGCAUGUAAAAAAGCAAAAAGUUAUUUGUGUCUGUUUAUAUUGCUUCCUUUUUUGUAGCCUUUGUACCUGUACAGGGUGACUGUAAGGGCCAAGCAGAAGAGGCGUAAUCCAUGUAUAAAAUAGGAGCCAGCAACACUCUUGUAUUUAUCUGUUCUCUUUUUAGUCAGUCACUUAAAAAAAAAAAAAAGCUGUACAUUUUAACAUAAAAUAAAUUAUGAUGAGCCA